AUGUUCCGCAGCGGCAAGAAACCCAAGUUCAGCUUCAAUCUUACUAUCAAUGACUUGUCAAAUAUUCCUCACACAUCGGGUUACUGCUACUUGAAAAUCCAAAUAACUGACGGAAGUCUGGCCGGACUUAUGGCUAGUAUAUCACACUUUCGACCAUUUUCUCUGGAAGUUGACGAUUCAGACAAUUCCGAGACAUCCAAGACCUCUGAUUCUAACAGUCUGUCUUCAAGAAGCUCCAGGACAAUCUCCCUUCGUACGUCCAACUUUCGGAUACACAACUUUAAAUGUCACUUCAACCUUGAUGUGGCUUGCAACUUACGAUUUCCAUACAAACGCAAAGACAAUAUGAUUGGUGAUAAAUAUCUUACAAUCAAAGUAUAUUACGCCGCCGAAAAGAGCUCCAAGCUUGAACAUCCAGUGCAGUUGGGUUCCGUGAAGCUUAAUUUGGCCGAGUAUUUGAACUUCGAUGAGUCUGUCACUGCAAAGUAUCUUCUUCAAGAGUCAAAAAUCAACUCAAUUUUGAGUCUUACCACAAAGCUUAAAGAGUUACCUUCGGACUUUGAAUUUAAAACAGAGCUCAAAAUCGAUGAGUCAAAGCUGAGCCAGGCAAACUCCAGCAGUAUGCUGAUGGCCUCGAAACAAACCGAUUCCAAUACUCGUCUGUUCAAUGUUCCACAGUUUCAGAGAAAGAAGGUCUUUGGAGGGCUUGAUGGAGUUAUGAGUACCCCAACCAAUGUCAGUGGAAGGGAUGUACCAACUCAAGACGACUCACACGCCAAGGAGCAGGCUCUGCAGCAGUCAUCAGAAGAAUUGCGCCGACAGGAUCUAGGGUCUCACUCGCUCGAGAAUGUUAUGGUAGAUCCAAUCAUUGGCAACUUGUACAGAAGAGUCCUCGAAAGUACAUGGGAUCCUGAUUUGCAUGCUCUUCUCAAAUUGACGCCCGAGAAGGUUGUGCAUGACUUAUUUCUGACAAGCGAGUACAAUGAGGACAUGGAGAAAAAUCUAGAGUUCUAUCGCUCUUUGACUGCAGAUUAUGAUGAUGAAUCUAGCCAAAAUAAAACUGGCCUCCUUCUGGAAUCCAAGGUUCGCGAGAACUUCAAGAGCUGGUCUGUUUCGUGGGCAUAA